AAACGGAGCAGACACACGGGGGGCACGCACGCGCUUGUGUGUUUUUAAAUCUGCGUAUGUUUUUGUGUGCGCCGUGGUUCGCGCACGCAGCAAUGAGUCGCGCAGCGGCAGCAACAGUCAUCUGCAAAUGAACUGAAGCAUCCGGACCGAACUGCGCAAAGAUGCAGCGCACGUAGACGCUGCAUGCGGACGCGCCGCCUCACCUCCACGCUCAUAUCAUAUUUAAUGCAAUGCUGUCUUUUGUGCGCGUUAGUUUUGAAAUGGCCGUGUUUAAGCGGAGGUGAGCGGCUCCGUUGCUCGGUGGAGUGCGCACUUAUUUUCCUCCUCUCGCUGGUUUGCUACAGAGUGAGCAGCCAAGGCUGAUAAAUCCGCUUUUUUUGUUCUGUUCUCUGCAUGAGGAACCAUGACGACGGGACAGGACGAAAGCUCAGUCCGCGUGGCACUGAGGAUUCGUCCUCAGUUGGCCAGGGAGAAGAUCGAAGGAUGUCACAUCUGUACAUGUGUGAUGCCCGGGGAGCCUCAGGUGAUCCUCGGGAAAGACAAGUCCUUCACCUACGACUAUGUGUUCGACAUGGACUCCCAGCAGGACGCCAUCUACAGCACAUGCACCGAGAAGCUGAUUGAAGGCUGCUUCGAAGGCUACAACGCCACUGUGUUUGCAUAUGGACAGACGGGUUCAGGGAAGACCUACACUAUGGGGACGGGCUUUGAUGUCAACAUUGCAGAGGAAGAACUGGGCAUCAUCCCCCGCGCCGUCCAUCACCUUUUUAAAAGCAUUGAGCAACGGCGUCAGGCCGCCCAGGAGCAGGGACGCCCCAUGCCGGAGUUUAAGAUCAACGCCCAGUUCCUUGAGCUUUAUAAUGAAGAAGUUCUGGACCUGUUUGACUCCACACGAGACAUGAAGCAAAAAUCCCACAUUAAGAUCCACGAAGACGCCACGGGAGGAAUCUACACAGUUGGUGUGACCACACGGACCGUGUCCUCAGAGGCUGAGAUGAUGCAGUGCCUGAAACUGGGCGCUCUGUCUCGCACCACAGCCAGCACCCAGAUGAACGUCCAGAGCUCUCGAUCACACGCCAUCUUCACCAUCCACCUGUGCCAAGUCCGCGUUUGUGCCUCUGACAAUCAAGAAAAUGAGACCGAUAACAGAGUCUCCAACGGAAAUUCUGAGAUGGACGAGUAUGAGACGCUGACAGCCAAAUUUCACUUUGUUGAUCUGGCCGGUUCUGAGAGGUUGAAAAGAACUGGAGCGACAGGCGAUCGAGCCAAAGAGGGCAUCUCCAUCAACUGUGGACUGCUUGCUCUGGGGAAUGUAAUCAGUGCUUUGGGUGACCGGAGCAAGCGGUCAUCACAUGUGCCUUACAGAGACUCCAAGCUGACCCGGCUUCUGCAGGACUCAUUAGGAGGAAACAGCCAAACAGUGAUGAUAGCAUGUAUCAGCCCAUCUGAUCGUGACUUCAUGGAGACGCUGAACACAUUGAAAUAUGCCAACCGAGCUCGCAACAUCAAGAACAAGGUCAUGGUGAACCAGGACAAGGCCAGCCAGCAGAUCAGCGCUCUGAGGACGGAAAUAGCUCGACUGCAGAUGGAGCUGAUGGAGUACAAGGCGGGUAAACGCAUGGUGGGCGAGGACGGUGUGGAGAGCUUCAGUGACAUGUUCCAUGAGAACACCAUGCUGCACACAGAGAAUAGCAACCUGAGGGUGAGGGUGAAGGCCAUGCAGGAGACCAUCGAUGCUCAGAGGGCACGGCUCACUCAGUUGCUUAGUGACCAAGCCAACCAAGUCCUCGCCAGAGCGGGGGAAGGAGGAACAGAGGAGAUUGGAAACAUGAUUCAGAGUUACAUCAAAGAGAUUGAAGACCUCAGAGCCAAACUCCUGGAGAGUGAAGCUGUGAAUGAAAAUCUGAGGAAAAAUCUGUCUCGUGCCUCCAACCGUCAGUCACUCUAUGGAGGGUCUGGCUCCUUUUCCUCCUCACUGCUGGCUCCUGAGAAGGAGACAUCUGACAUCAUUGAACUGGCCAAGAAAGACUUGGAGAAACUGAAGAAACGAGAGAAAAAGAAAAAGAAGAGACUCCAGCAGCUCUUGGAAGAGAGAGAGAUGGAGGAAAGGGAGGAGGUGGUGGAAGAGGUUGAGGAUGCCAGUGUCAACAAGGAAGAAAUUCCCGACAACGAGCAAGAAAAGGGCAUUGAGAAGGAGAUGACGGAGCGAGUCAGCGGGGACGCAGAGAUGGACAUCCAGGAGGCCAGUGAUCAUGAGGAAGGAGAGGAGGAAGAAGAGGAGGAAGAGGAGGAGAUGGAUGUGGAAGAGAGCUCUGAUGAUUCUGACUCGGAGUCAGACGAAAAAGAGAACUUCCAAGCAGAUCUGGCCAACAUCACCUGUGAGAUUGCCAUCAAGCAGAAGCUGAUUGAUGAGCUGGAAAACAGCCAGCGGCGUCUUCACACACUCAAACAGCAGUAUGAACAGAAGCUGAUGAUGCUGCAGUGCAAGAUCAGGGACACCCAGCUGGAGAGGGACCGAGUCCUCCAAAACAUGAAUUCAGUAGAAACUGGCACAGAAGACAAGACUCGCAAAAUCAAGGCUGAAUAUGAGAAGAAGCUGAGUGUCAUGAACAAGGAGCUUCAUAAGCUCCAGUCUGCUCAGAAGGAACAUGCCCGUCUGCUGAAGAACCAAUCACAGUACGAGAAGCAGCUGAAGAAGCUUCAGAUGGAUGUGGCAGAAAUGAAGAAGACAAAGGUCCGUCUCAUGAAGCAGAUGAAGGAGCAACAGGAAAAGAACAGGAUGAACGAAUCGCGCAGAAACCGUGAAAUUGCUACCUUGAAGAAAGACCAACGCAAGCAAGAGCAUCAACUGAAGUUACUGGAGGCUCAGAAGAGACAGCAGGAGCUCAUUCUGAGGAGAAAGACUGAGGAGGUGACAGCUCUGAGGAGGCAGGCCAGGCCCACCUCUGGUAAAGUCAUCAGGAAAGUCAGUCUCCCAGAACCAGCAGCACAGGACUCGGCCCACAGACCCCCGUCUGGCCGCAUGUACUCCUCUGGCAAUGCAGCUCCGAAUGGUAACCGCUCUUACUACAGGCGUACAGUGGGGAUUUACUCCACCAGAGUUGCUCGUAAUAAAUGGCAGUGCCUUGAGAGACGAAUCUGUGACAUCAUCAUGCAGAGGAUGACCAUCUCAAAUAUGGAGGCCGACAUGAACCGCCUUCUCAAGCAACGAGAGGAACUGACCAAGCGGAAGGAGAAGGUCCUCAGAAAGAAGGACCGUUUGACCAGGGAGGGGGCAGAGGUAGAGAAGGCAGUGCCUCCCCUCAACGAAGAAGUGGACGCGUUGACGGCCAACAUCGACUACAUCAAUGACAGCAUCGCAGAUUGUCAGGCCAACAUUAUGCAGAUGGAGGAAACCAAGGAGGAGGGUGACACAGUGGACGUUUCUGCUGUGAUAGGUUCAUGUACUCUGGGAGAGUCUCGUUUCCUUCUCGAUCACUUCAUGACAAUGGCCAUAAAUAAGGGUCUGCAGGCAGCACAGAAAGAGUCCCAGGUGAAGGUGAUGGAGGGCAGGCUGAAGCAGACCGAGAUCACCAGUGCCACACAGAAUCAGCUGCUCUUCCAUAUGCUGAAGGAGAAAGCAGAGUUCAACCCGGAGCUGGAUGCCCUGCUGGGGAAUGCUCUGCAAGAGCUAGGUAACAUCCCAGCUGAAAAUGGGGAUGAUAGCAGCAGUGAUGAGUCUGCUCAGAGCCCUUCAGCAGAGGGGACCACUUUAGCGUCAGACCUCAUGAAACUAUGUGGAGAAACCAAAACCAGGAAUAAGGCUCGAAGGAGGACCACCACUCAGAUGGAGUUGCUGUAUGCAAAUUCUGACUCUGUCCCUGAGGCGCCAACCACGGACUUCUCCAGUCCAAUGCUGCUGUUAGCAGAAACACCAGAUGGAGGAGGAGACAUGGACACAUCAGGCUCAUCAGUCAGGGACUACACAGCUCUCUCCCCUGGCUUUUCCUCUAAAAUGGGCAGCAUUUCUGGCUCCAGAACAUCACCAGCAUUGGAAAAGCGAACUCCGGAGCCUUCCCCACUCUCUCGCAGGAAGACGUAUGACAGGGCGCAUGCAGCAGCCGACAGGGCAAAGGUCAAGGAGAUUAAACAGGGCGUCAUUAACCCUGUGCCAUCCACCAAGAGCAGUCGUUCAGCGACAUUGCAGUGUGUCCAUGUGGCAGAGGGACAUAGCAAAGCUGUUCUUUGUGUGGACUGCACUGAUGACCUUCUCUUCACUGGAUCCAAAGACCGGACGUGUAAGGUGUGGAACCUGGUGACUGGUCAGGAGAUAAUGUCCCUUGCUGGUCACCCCAACAAUGUGGUGUCGGUCCGCUACAGCUCCAGUUUAGUCUUCACUGUGUCGACCUCCUGCAUCAAAGUCUGGGACAUCCGUGACUCGGCCAAGUGCAUCCGCACGCUGACGUCUUCUGGUCAGGUAAACGUUGGGGACAUCUCUGGGUCGAACACCAGUCGAACUGUCACCAUCCCACCCGGCGAGAACCAGAUCAACGAGAUUGCUCUCAACCCCAACGGGUCAGUUCUCUACGCGGCUGCUGGCAACUCGGUCAGAGUCUGGGAUCUGAGGAGAUUUGCAUCCACUGGUAAACUUACUGGUCAUCUUGGCCCCGUAAUGUGUCUGACCGUGGAUCAGUCCGGAAGCAACCAAGACCUGGUCAUCACGGGGUCCAAGGAUCAUUACAUUAAGCUGUUUGAAGUGACCGAGGGCUCGUUGGGGAGCAUCGGCCCAACACACAACUUUGAACCUCCACAUUAUGAUGGUAUCGAGUCACUGGUGGUGCAGGGAGACUUUUUCUUCAGCGGCUCUCGAGACAAUGGCAUCAAGAAGUGGGACCUGGACCGCAAAGACCUGCUGCAGCAAGUCCCAAACGCUCAUCGUGACUGGGUGUGUGCACUCGGAGUGGUUCCCGGCUCUCCGGCCCUGCUCAGCGGCUGCAGAGGAGGAGUGCUCAAGCUGUGGCACACGGACACAUUAGGGGCACUGGGGGAGCUCAAGGGUCACGAGAGCCCAAUCAACAGCAUCUCUACCAACAGCAGCCACCUGUUCACUGCAUCAGAUGACCGGACGGUGAAGAUCUGGCGUGCGCGUGGCGGACUGGACAGCACCUUAGAAGUGGUUGACAAUGCGGAUGAGGUGGCGAGCAAUUAAACACAGCGCCUCCUCUGGAAAGACUGACAGCAUCUUCUGAUGCUGCUUCCCUGCACUUUGACCCGCAAACCAAACCACUGAAGCCCCGACGCUCACUCCUUCAACACCCACCUUCAUUGCUCUGUAAACUUUUAUGACAGGAGGAAACUAAUGUCAUCUCAAACUUACUCUGUAUUCUCAGAGGUAUUCGCUUUAUCACGUUUAGUCCUCUGUGCUGUUAGUGAGUCUUUGCAGUUGGAAAUGUUUUCUCUCUUUUCCACUGCAGACAGUUAACGUUUAUGUAGGUGUUUAACACAACUUUCCUGUGUAUUAAGUGCUAUGCCAGGAAACUACAUUUAUAAAACACACAUUAAUGUGUUGUUGCUAGAUUAGGUAAAAGUAAACUGGAGGACGUUUAGUGUAGAGGAGGAAAAAGGUGGCAGAGCUAACAGGUUGGUAGCUGGUCUUCACAACCCAGUUCUCCAGUGUCUUGGGAUUGUUUCUCGACACUUGAAGCAGGACCAAUGUCUCCACGCCCCCUUUUCCACUUUAACUAUCAAGUGUCUUCAUGUGAAAAAGACAAAUCACCAUUCCCCCGAACUUCCCUUCCUCACUUGUAGACUUCACUGUCCUGCACACACUUAAAAGUAAACUGCACCACAUUUUGCUUUCUCGCCGACUGUGAGAUGAGAAGAUUAUUACUCCGCUCAUAUCUGUCAUGUGUCAGUGUGGUAAAUGUAAGAGAACAGCCUGAGCUUAGCAUGGAGUUACAGCUAGUCUGUUGACACUGAAUGUCUUUUCAGCCUAAUUUGUAUAAAAACCUGUAUUAGAAAUUGUGUACGCACAUGAUUGUUUUUCCCCCACUCUGUUUACUCUGUUUUUGGUCUGAAAUGUAUGGAUUUUGAUUAAUGCUAAGCUAAUUGGCUGCCGGCUAUAGCUUUUAUAUCUACUGUUCAAGAGUGGUGUUGAUAUCCUCGUCUUAACUAUCAGGUAGAAAACAAUGUAUUUCCUUGAACUCUCGAGCACUUGUGAAGACAGACACGAUCAGUAUUUGACACUUAAUCGCUUGAACACAUGAGCGGGUUGAGAUUUUGAGAAUGUUCUACACUUGUCCACGUUUGACGUCAUAUAAAAAUGUAUGUUUGCUUCUUCACACUCACUGAACUUACACUACUGUGUCAUUGUCUAACUUCCUGUGCCACUAAGUCAUGUGCUCACCUCUUUCCACCCUUUAAGAGGGCUGCUAGUCGUGGACUCCAGGUGAAGUCCGCCUGCUACCGUAGCAGUGUGUAUGUACAGUAUAUACAAUUUUAAUGUCUUUUGAGAGGCAGGGCCGUCGGAUUCUGUCUGAUUUGUGAGCCUGACCAUGUUGACUGACAUCUGUCUCCCAGUUCUGAUCUUUGUGGGGCCUUUCUGGAGACACUCACAGUCUCCCUCGUGUAACCAGCUGUCUGUCAGGAUUGUGUGCUGUCACUUUUCAAUGUUCUGUGAAACAGCGGCUAUAGGAAUUUUUCAAAUACAUAAUUAAUGUAUGUAAACAAAAGAAACCUGACUGAAUGGGAGUUUUGUGGGACCACUGAUCUGAACACGGCCUCUUCUGAGAGCCGCUAGGACCAGGAUUGGCAGGGGCACUGACGAGCAGCAUCUUUUAUGUUUUGAUGGCCUAAAGUUAUUAUUAUAAUUAUUAUUAUUGUUAUUUUUGCGUUAUUUUUGUUGUGCUGUUACCCUGUUUCACAGUGUGGGCUUUUCCUGUGGAAUUUUGGUAGCCACUCCUGUGGCAGGCUGUAGCGAUUCUAAUGUCAGAUGCCUGGUGAGAAUAAAUGUCAUCUGUCAAAAACAA